AUGGCCUCGCAUGUGCAAGUUUUCUCUCCUCACACCCUUCAGUCAAGUGCCUUCUGUAGCGUGAAGAAACUGAAAGUGGAGCCGAGUUCGAACUGGGAUAUGACUGGGUACGGCACACACAGCAAAGUCUACAGCCAGAGCAAGAACGUGCAGUCCUCCCAAGCAGCCGCCGCAGCAGCCGUCAACGCCUCCCUACAGAUCCCCAAUCCGAGCAUCCCUUACGAACAGACCAUCAUCUUCCCAGCAAGCACGGGGCACAUCGUGGUGACAUCCGCCAACAGCACUUCUGGUGUGGUUGCAGUGUCUGGGCAAACACUGGGCGGGCCACACAACCUGAUGCGUCGCAGCACUGUGAGCCUUCUGGACACCUACCAAAAAUGUGGACUUAAGCGCAAGAGUGAGGAGAUCGAGAACACAAGCAGCGUGCAGAUCAUCGAAGAGCAUCCACCAAUGAUUCAGAACAAUGCCAGUGGGGCCACUGUAGCCACCGCCACCACCUCCACGGCCACCUCCAAAAACAGUGGCUCCAACAGCGAAGGGGAUUACCAGCUGGUGCAACAUGAGGUGCUCUGUUCCAUGACCAACACGUACGAAGUGUUAGAGUUUCUUGGCCGUGGAACCUUCGGACAAGUAGUCAAAUGCUGGAAACGUGGCACUAAUGAGAUUGUGGCCAUCAAGAUCCUAAAGAACCAUCCUUCCUAUGCCCGGCAAGGCCAGAUUGAAGUGAGCAUCCUGGCUCGUCUGAGCACAGAAAGUGCGGAUGACUACAACUUUGUCCGCGCGUAUGAGUGCUUCCAGCACAAGAAUCACACGUGCUUGGUCUUUGAAAUGUUGGAGCAGAACCUCUAUGAUUUCCUAAAACAAAACAAAUUCAGUCCCUUGCCCCUUAAGUACAUUCGACCAAUUCUCCAGCAGGUAGCAACUGCCCUAAUGAAGCUGAAAAGCCUGGGACUGAUUCAUGCUGAUCUCAAACCAGAGAACAUCAUGUUGGUAGACCCAUCCCGACAGCCAUAUAGGGUCAAGGUCAUAGACUUUGGUUCAGCUAGCCAUGUGUCUAAAGCUGUGUGUUCUACCUACCUUCAAUCCAGAUAUUACAGAGCCCCUGAAAUCAUCCUCGGUUUACCAUUUUGUGAAGCAAUCGAUAUGUGGUCGUUGGGAUGUGUCAUUGCAGAGCUGUUCUUGGGCUGGCCGUUGUACCCGGGAGCUUCAGAGUACGAUCAGAUUCGCUAUAUUUCACAGACACAGGGCUUACCAGCAGAGUAUUUGUUAAGUGCAGGGACAAAGACUACGAGGUUUUUCAACAGGGAUACAGACUCACCGUAUCCUUUGUGGAGGCUGAAGACACCAGAUGAUCAUGAGGCAGAGACGGGGAUUAAGUCGAAGGAAGCAAGAAAGUAUAUUUUCAACUGUUUGGAUGAUAUGGCACAGGUGAACAUGACAACGGAUUUGGAAGGAAGCGAUAUGUUGGUGGAAAAGGCGGACCGGCGGGAGUUUAUAGAUCUGUUAAAGAAGAUGUUGACGAUAGAUGCAGAUAAGAGAAUAACACCCAUUGAAACUCUGAACCACCCUUUUGUCACCAUGACGCACUUGCUCGAUUUCCCUCACAGCACACAUGUCAAGUCCUGCUUCCAGAACAUGGAGAUUUGCAAGCGGCGGGUGAAUAUGUAUGACACAGUGAACCAGAGCAAGACACCAUUCAUCACCCAUGUAGCCCCAAGUACAUCGACCAACUUGACCAUGACUUUUAACAACCAGCUGAACACAGUCCACAACCAGACCACCAACCUGGCUCCCACCUCCUCCAGUGCCACUAUUUCCUUAGCCAACCCCGAGGUCUCCAUACUAAAUUACCAAUCUGCACUCUACCAGCCCUCAGCGGCGUCCAUGGCUGCGGUGGCCCAGCGGAGCAUGCCCCUGCAGACAGGAACAGCGCAGAUCUGUGCCCGGCCCGACCCCUUCCAGCAAGCUCUCAUCGUCUGCCCACCAGGCUUCCAAGGGUUACAAGCCUCCCCUUCGAAGCAUGCUGGGUAUUCAGUUCGGAUGGAGAACGCCGUUCCCAUUGUCACUCAGGCUCCUGGGGCCCAGCCUCUUCAGAUCCAGCCAGGACUCCUCGCACAGCAAGCGUGGCCCAGUGGCACUCAGCAGAUCCUGCUCCCUCCUGCCUGGCAGCAGCUGACCGGGGUGGCCACCCACACUUCUGUCCAGCACGCGACCGUCAUCCCGGAGUCCAUGGCAGGCACCCAACCGCUGGCAGACUGGAGAAACACCCACGCUCACGGCAGCCAUUACAAUCCCAUCAUGCAGCAGCCGGCGCUGCUGGCGAGCCACGUCACCCUCCCUGCGGCCCAGCCCGUCAACGUGGGCGUCGCGCACGUCAUGCGCCAGCCGCCCGCCGCCGCCGCCGCCAGGAAGAGCAAGCAGCACCCGUCGGCGCCCCGAAACGCAUCCACCUAUGAAGUUUCAUCCUCUCAAUCCAUCAGCUCGCCUCAGCGGUCGAAACGAGUGAAGGAAAACACGCCUCCCCGCUGUGCCAUGGUGCACAACAGCCCUGCCUGCAGCACCUCCGUCACGUGCGGCUGGGGCGACGUGGCGACCAGCACCACGCGGGAGCGGCAGCGGCAGACGAUAAUCAUUCCCGACACCCCUAGCCCCGCAGUGAGUGUCAUCACGAUCAGCAGCGACACAGAUGAAGAGGAGGAGCAGAAGCAUGCACCCACCAGCACCUUGUCCAAGCAAAGGAAGAACGUCAUCAGCUGUGUCACUGUGCAUGACUCCCCCUACUCCGAUUCCUCCAGCAACAACAGCCCUUACGCCGUGCAGCAUCGCGCAGGGCAGAAUAAUGGGAACACCUACGACACCAAAGGGGUUCCAGAGACUCACUGCAGUGGGAACCCCCGAACGAUCAUCGUGCCACCACUGAAAACCCAGGCCAGUGAGGUGUUGGUAGAGUGCGAUAGCCUGGCACCAGUCACCACCAGUCACCACUCAUCCUCCUACAAGUCCAAGUCCUCCAGCACCGUGACCUCCACCAGCGGUCACUCUUCAGGGAGCUCGUCUGGAGCCGUUGCCUAUAGGCAGCAGCGACCAGGAGCACAUUUCCAGCAGCAGCAGCCUCUUAAUCUAAGUCAGGCCCAGCAGCACAUCACGACCGAUCGCGCAGGGAGUCACCGGAGACAGCAAGCCUACAUCACUCCAACGAUAGCUCAGGCCCCGUACUCUUUCCCGCACAAUAGUCCCAGCCACGGUACGGUUCAUCCUCACUUGGCUGCGGCUGCCGCUGCUCACCUGCCCACCCAACCCCACCUCUACACAUACACCGCCCCCGCCGCCCUGGGCUCCACGGGCACCGUCGCGCACCUGGUGGCCUCCCAAGGGUCGGCGCGGCACGCCGUGCAGCACACCACCUACCCCGCCAGCAUCGUCCACCAGGUCCCCGUCAGCAUGGGCCCGCGGGUUCUGCCCUCGCCCACCAUCCACCCGAGUCAGUACCAGGCUCAGUUUGCCCAUCAGACCUAUAUCAGUGCUUCUCCAGCCUCCACAGUCUACACUGGAUACCCACUGAGCCCCACCAAGGUCAACCAGUACCCUUACAUCUAAAACACUGGAAUAAGGAGCGAGAGACGCACCCGUCCCGGGGGAGCGAGGCGGCCGCUUUUGUACUGAAGAACGUGACAAACUAACAAUGCAAUGGGAGGCUCGCGUGAAACUUGAACAAAGGAGACUUUAAGGAAGAAACGAAAAAGAGGAAAGAAGGGGGAGAACCAAUUCUACACUUUUUAUUUAAAAAAAAAAAAAGAAAAUG